AUGUUUUGUUAUUGUCACAUAAUAUUCCUAAAUAAUUUGUCAUUUUUUCGUGAAGGUGGAAAUAUACGUCAGCUUUGGAUCACAACGUGCGUAAGUGUUUCAUUUGAUGGACCUCAUAGAGUCAUAGUCGCUUCAAAGGCUUCUAGUCUGGUCAGAAAUUGGACAACAAGUAGCUAA